AUGAGGUUUCCAACGGAAGGGCUCCUCGUUGCCCUCUCCGCAAGCGGCGUUCGAGCCGCCAGAAACGGGCUGGCGAGAACUCCUCAGAUGGGAUGGAACAACUGGAACACAUUUGCCUGCUCCGUCUCCUCCACCCUCCUCCUCGACACCUCCAAGCUACUCACGGAAUACGGCCUGCAAGACUUGGGCUACAAAUACGUCGUGCUAGACGACUGCUGGUCCUCCGGCCGAGACGACAACGGCAAGCUCGUGGCCGACAGCGACAAGUUUCCCGACGGGAUGGGCGCCGUGGCGGAUGCGCUGCACGAGCAGGGGUUCCUGUUUGGCAUGUACUCGAGCGCGGGCGAGAUGACGUGCGCACGAUAUGCCGGAUCGCUCGACUACGAAGAGGCCGACGCGCAGAGCUUCGCCGACUGGGGCGUCGACUACCUCAAGUACGACAACUGCUACCACAUGGGUCGCUUCGGCACGCCGCUCGUGUCAUUUAACCGCUUCAACGCCAUGGCCGAGGCCAUCAAGAAGACGGGACGGUCCAUCCUGUACAGCCUGUGCAGCUGGGGCGAGGACUAUGUCCACACUUGGGGAGGAUCCAUUGCCAAUUCAUGGCGCAUCUCGGGCGACAUCUACGACUCGUUUGCGCGUCCCGACGACCUGUGCUCGUGCACCAAUGCCGCCGACCCGGAAUGCAUCGCGCCCGGCACGCACUGCUCCGUGCUGGCCAUCAUCAACAAGGUGGCGCCGUACAUUGAUCGGGGGCUGCCGGGGGGGUGGAACGACCUGGACAUGCUCGAGGUUGGCCACGGCGGCAUGACUGAAGAAGAGUACAAAGCGCACUUCUCCAUGUGGGCGGCCCUCAAGUCCCCCCUGCUCCUCGGCAACGACCUGCGCUCCAUGACGGCCUCGUCGCUCGCCAUCGUCAACAACCCCGCCAUCAUCGCCCUCAACCAGGACCCCCGCGGCCGCGCCGUCCAGCGCAUCCAGCGCAAUCUCGACGUGCCGGUGGACCGCCACGGCGUCGGCGAGGCGCACGUCUGGAGCGGGCCGCUGGCCAACGGCGACCAGGUCGUCAUCUUCCUCAACGCCGCCGAUGCGGACCUCGACAUGGCCGCCGCGCUCGAGGACAUCUUCAUCAUGGACGGCGUGGGCACCGCCCCACAGAUCCGGCAGGACUGGGCCAUUCAUGACCUGUGGGGCAAUUCUGCGCGCAUGAGCACCGAUGACGCCCAGGCGCUGCUGGAUGCCAAGGGCGCGGACGCGAGGAGGGAGUUUUUGCGGAGCAAGGUCGACUGGUACAAUGCUACGGAGGUGCCCUACGCCGAGGGAUUGGAGCGGCGAGAUUCGAGGUUGUUUGGUGAGCGGAUCGGUACUGUUGAGGCGGGCGGCGAGAUCAAGGUGCGUGUGCAGAGACAUUCUGCAAAGGUGUUUAGACUGCAGAGCAUUAGCGGGCAAGAUUCUGCGAGGAAGAGUCUUUUGAGGGAUGAGCUAUGA